AUGUCCUUCGACGAUGAGAUGGAUCACGAUGCUUACAGCGAAGAUGACGGUUCCGAAGCCACCUCUUCUGGAGAGGAAGAGAUGGACGCUAAUGAGGAUGAUGCGAUAAAUGACGGCAUGGACGAAUUUACACAACGCGCCUACGGGCCGAAACCCGGGGAGUUGGAUCGAAAAGUACUCGAAGUGGAUGAGCUUCAUGAGGAGAUGACUGGGAUUAUAAGCGAGGUCCAAGCAGUGAUCCCAGUAAAUGUUGGCACCGCUCGAAUUUUGUUAACCCAAUUCCUGUGGAACAAGGAGAAACUGAUGGAAGCCACUUUCGGGGGCUGGAUGCGACCAUGUGGCCUGCUCGAAUUGCUGGAGGCAAUAUUUGGAGACAAAGGUUUGCUUUUGAUCAGCUCCGGCUCAUGCUCGCAAAUUCAGUGCAUCGGCACGGGGUGUAAGGUGUUAAUUGAGGAAGAACAAGCUCUAAAAUACCUUGGGUCAGGCCCAGCGACUCAGAAGUUCAAAAAAUUAACGCUGAACGUCUUCGUUGAGGCGAAUCGGCGCAUCAAAUGGUGCCCCGCUCCAGGAUGUGGCAAGGUGAUCAAGGUGGCCGCUGCUGGACCCCGCCAAAUCCUGUGCAGCUGCAACCACUUGUGGUGCUUCUGCUGUGGCGAGAGCUGGCACCGUCCGGUGGACUGUCGCGUCCUCCGAAACUGGCUGAAACGUUCGAGCAGCGACAGCGAGACGAACACCUGGAAGAGGGUGCACACCAGAGACUGCCCCAAAUGCCACACAGCCAUCGAGAAGAAUGGCGGAUGUAACCAUAUGACUUGCCGGAGUGCCGCGUGCAAAUACGAAUUCUGCUGGGUGUGCAUGGGAGAUUGGAAGCAGCAUAUGGCGAGCUAUUCUUGUAACAAAUUCGAAGACGCUACAGUGAUCGAAGCGAACAACAUCCGAGAAAUGGCCAAACGGGCCCUGGAACGAUAUCUACAUUAUUACGAUCGAUACCUUAACCAUCAACAAUCGCUUCGGCUUGAGGAGCGUCUCAACAAAGUCGUACGCGAAAAAAUGGACGAUAUGCAAAAGGGCGGAGCGUCUUGGAUCGAAGUGCGAUUUUUUCUAAAGGGCAUCGAGGCGCUAACAGAAGCCCGCCGCACUCUCAUGUACACCUACCCAUUUGCCUAUUAUUUGAAGCCCGACAACGAAACACGGAUUUUUGAGGAUAACCAGACGGACCUGGAAAUGGCCACGGAAGCCUUGUCUGAACUUUUGGAGGCCCAGUGGGGAGGCCAGGACGUCACUGAAUUGAAGCACAAGGUCCUUGACAAAUCGAGCUAUGUGGAUAAACGUCGACUCGUUCUCCUGAAGCACUGUGAGGAGGGCAUGGAGAGGGAUGCCUGGAAAUAUACUGAA